CCAUGGAUCCCGCACCGGCCGCCUCCUACCGCCGCCGCCUCCUGCACCUCUCUCCGGCUUCCCCCGCCGCCGUGGUCAAGUCUCUCUUUCCCGCCGAGCUCUCGCCGGUCUCAGAUCUUCGCCUCACCAUGGAGCAGCUGGGACACGGUCAGCAUCAAAAUACUGAACAAGAUCUGGGAAACAAGAGUGCAAAUGGUUUGCAAAGAACAGUGUCCUCAGAAUCAACAGACUCAGGUUGUGCUUUGGAUCUGCCUGGCACUCCGUCCCCCAGCGACAUCAGAGAGGAAACAUUUGAGAAGGCAAUUCUUGCAUCGAGCAGACUGAACCUCCGACUGCCUCUCAGAAGAAUACAUUCACUGCCGCAAAGGCUCCUGGGCUCCAGUCCUGCUCUGAAGAGAAGCCAUUCGGAUUCCACGGAUUGUAAUGCUUUUCAGCUCCUAGAACAGAAUGAAAAUAAGGAGAAUGAAUCAUUUGAGUUUAAGAAGCCAGCCAAGCCAGCUUCUCGGGGUUCUGUGCACGUCCACUCCCACGAUGGGAAAAGUGUUCUUGGACAAAGGCAGAACUCGGCCCCGGCUCAGGGAUUUCCCACUCAAGAAAUGCCCAUGGGUGAACUUGAAAACUACGGGCCAGCUUUCCUGCAGCAGUCUUCUCUGACUUCUUCUGAAAGCGAAGAUGAUGACGGAUUCCUGGAGCUCUUAGAUGAGCAAGAUCUGAAAAAUGAUGAGGAGAUGCCCUCUGAUGUGGCGAGCCUCUGGACUGCGCCGCUGGUCACCAGGAGGCCGGACAGUCGGGCCAGGCGAUGCCGCCUCUUUGGCUCUUCAUCCCUGCCCAGCGGUGUAGGCAGAACCACCCAGAAAAGAAUGGAGAGGUCCCAAGAAGAGAGUUCUCCAGGGAAAAGCAAGAAGAGGAAAAGCCUGCCUGGAGCACAGUCUGAAGACUCAGCGAACACAAAAAUAGUAAAGACACAGUCCUCUGCAGCAGAAAUUGAGAGCAUUUUGGCCAGUGACCAGAGGGACCUUAUUGGUGACUUCUCAAAGGGUUAUUUGUUCCACACUGUUGAUGGGAAGCAUCAAGAUUUAAAAUACAUCGACUCAGAAAUGAUUGUGUCUGUCCUGACUGGAAAGUUUGCAAGCUUCAUUAAGGAGUGUGUGAUCAUUGACUGUCGCUAUCCGUACGAGUACGAAGGAGGACACAUCAAGGGUGCUGUAAACCUCCACAUGGAGGAGGAUGUGGAAGACUUUCUGCUUAAGAACCCAAUCCCUCCCUCGAAGAACAAACGGGUGAUCAUCGUCUUCCACUGCGAGUUCUCCUCGGAGCGGGGGCCCCGGAUGUGCCGCUUUGUGAGGGAGCGGGACAGGCUGGGGAAUGAGUACCCCAACCUGCAUUACCCAGAGCUGUACGUCCUCAAGGGGGGGUACAGAGACUUCUUCCUGCGAUGCCGGAGCUUCUGUGAGCCCCAGAGCUACCGCCCCAUGCACCACGAGGACUUUAAAGAGGACUUGAAAAGAUUUCGCACCAAGAGCCGAACCUGGGCUGGUGAGAGGAGCAAACGGGAACUGUACAGUCGCUUGAAGAAACUCUGAGGGCCAAAAAAGUGAACAAAGACUGCACCCCAUGGCAGGGGGAAAGCUGCAGCCUGCUCCUUGCCGGCAGCUGUCUGGUGUCUGCUCUCCUCAUCUCUUGUCCUAUUGGGAACGCUGCAGCCACCACUGGAACUGAGCAACCUGGGUGCUGGCUGGGAGCUGACUCCUGGGGCAGUGUGCUGCUCUAUGGGGACGGCUUUGCACAUCACCACAUCCCCCAACUGCCCCACGACCCCCAGGGGUGGAGGAGGCUGCGGUGCCGCGUGUGUGUGGGGCACGGCUGGUGUGAGCAGUGAGGGUCUUUUAGUGCUGGUAGCUUUUAAAUGCCUUGUUUUAAUUUAAAUACAGUCCAAUGAAGCUUAAUGGUGCUGCAGUUGAAUCAUCUGGGUUGUGCUGGAGGUUUGGUUCUGCUGCGGGGGGUGGUGUGUGUGGGGGGGGAGGGGGGGGUUAUUCUUUUUCUCAGCUUUGAUUGUGUUUUGGUGAGGUGAGGAAGUGGUUUACAGUUGUGGCUUCCAUGUGGCUGAGCUCCCACAUGACACUGUAGGAGCUCUCUGGACAAAAGCCUGUGGGGAAAUGGUGUGUUUUGUGUCAAUAUCAUGUUCUUGUUUACUGAAUUGCUUUAUUUCAUAGCAACGUGAAUGUAGCUGCUGUUCUGAGGAAGGUGGUGCUUUGGAGUAGGCAGUUUCUGGGAC